CUUCUUGUGAGUUAUUUAGUAAAUUUAUGCAACCUUGUCUAUAAUUAUUUAACAUAUAUGAUACUAUAUUGAACAUGAGAUUAGAACUGCGUUAUUAAUAGAGUAUUCAUAAAUUUCAAGGUGAGUGAUAUUUUAAACAAUACUGAAAAUAGUAGCAUGAAAAAAAGUCUGCAAAUAAUACAUGCAAGUCAAUAGUCCAAUUAACAAACACAAAGCAGAUGAAGUGGAAACAAACUAGUGGUAAUAGAAUCUUACGAUUAUACAAAGAAAAUUAGGAGAGCUAGAAACAUGGUAGAAUAUACGAAUGUAUAUGUUGCUUCUGAAUGCAGAAUUGGUGAAAUGCUAAAAACUACUUAUGUUUUAGAUACAUGGUUUAUUAGUUCAUCCACUUCUACUGCUACUACUACUACUACUACUACUACUACUACUACUACUACUACUACUACUACUACUACUACUACUACUACUACUACUACUACUACUACUACUACUACUACUACUACUACUACUACUACUACUACUACUACUACUACUACUACUACUACUACUACUACUACUACUACUACUACUACUACUACUACUACUACUACUACUACUACUACUACUACUACUACUACUACUACUACUACUACUACUACUACUACUACUACUACUACUACUACUACUACUACUACUACUACUACUACUACUACUACUACUACUACUACUACUACUACUACUACUACUACUACUACUACUACUACUACUACUACUACUACUACUACUACUACUACUACUACUACUACUACUACUACUACUACUACUACUACUACUACUACUACUACUACUACUACUACUACUACUACUACUACUACUACUACUACUACUACUACUACUACUACUACUACUACUACUACUACUACUACUACUACUACUACUACUACUACUACUACUACUACUACUACUACUACUACUACUACUACUACUACUACUACUACUACUACUACUACUACUACUACUACUACUACUACUACUACUACUACUACUACUACUACUACUACUACUACUACUACUACUACUACUACUACUACUACUACUACUACUACUACUACUACUACUACUACUACUACUACUACUACUACUACUACUACUACUACUACUACUACUACUACUACUACUACUACUACUACUACUACUACUACUACUACUACUACUACUACUACUACUACUACUACUACUACUACUACUACUACUACUACUACUACUACUACUACUACUACUACUACUACUACUACUACUACUACUACUACUACUACUACUACUACUACUACUACUACUACUACUACUACUACUACUACUACUACUACUACUACUACUACUACUACUACUACUACUACUACUACUACUACUACUACUACUACUACUACUACUACUACUACUACUACUACUACUACUACUACUACUACUACUACUACUACUACUACUACUACUACUACUACUACUACUACUACUACUACUACUACUACUACUACUACUACUACUACUACUACUACUACUACUACUACUACUACUACUACUACUACUACUACUACUACUACUACUACUACUACUACUACUACUACUACUACUACUACUACUACUACUACUACUACUACUACUACUACUACUACUACUACUACUACUACUACUACUACUACUACUACUACUACUACUACUACUACUACUACUACUACUACUACUACUACUACUACUACUACUACUACUACUACUACUACUACUACUACUACUACUACUACUACUACUACUACUACUACUACUACUACUACUACUACUACUACUACUACUACUACUACUACUACUACUACUACUACUACUACUACUACUACUACUACUACUACUACUACUACUACUACUACUACUACUACUACUACUACUACUACUACUACUACUACUACUACUACUACUACUACUACUACUACUACUACUACUACUACUACUACUACUACUACUACUACUACUACUACUACUACUACUACUACUACUACUACUACUACUACUACUACUACUACUACUACUACUACUACUACUACUACUACUACUACUACUACUACUACUACUACUACUACUACUACUACUACUACUACUACUACUACUACUACUACUACUACUACUACUACUACUACUACUACUACUACUACUACUACUACUACUACUACUACUACUACUACUACUACUACUACUACUACUACUACUACUACUACUACUACUACUACUACUACUACUACUACUACUACUACUACUACUACUACUACUACUACUACUACUACUACUACUACUACUACUACUACUACUACUACUACUACUACUACUACUACUACUACUACUACUACUACUACUACUACUACUACUACUACUACUACUACUACUACUACUACUACUACUACUACUACUACUACUACUACUACUACUACUACUACUACUACUACUACUACUACUACUACUACUACUACUACUACUACUACUACUACUACUACUACUACUACUACUACUACUACUACUACUACUACUACUACUACUACUACUACUACUACUACUACUACUACUACUACUACUACUACUACUACUACUACUACUACUACUACUACUACUACUACUACUACUACUACUACUACUACUACUACUACUACUACUACUACUACUACUACUACUACUACUACUACUACUACUACUACUACUACUACUACUACUACUACUACUACUACUACUACUACUACUACUACUACUACUACUACUACUACUACUACUACUACUACUACUACUACUACUACUACUACUACUACUACUACUACUACUACUACUACUACUACUACUACUACUACUACUACUACUACUACUACUACUACUACUACUACUACUACUACUACUACUACUACUACUACUACUACUACUACUACUACUACUACUACUACUACUACUACUACUACUACUACUACUACUACUACUACUACUACUACUACUACUACUACUACUACUACUACUACUACUACUACUACUACUACUACUACUACUACUACUACUACUACUACUACUACUACUACUACUACUACUACUACUACUACUACUACUACUACUACUACUACUACUACUACUACUACUACUACUACUACUACUACUACUACUACUACUACUACUACUACUACUACUACUACUACUACUACUACUACUACUACUACUACUACUACUACUACUACUACUACUACUACUACUACUACUACUACUACUACUACUACUACUACUACUACUACUACUACUACUACUACUACUACUACUACUACUACUACUACUACUACUACUACUACUACUACUACUACUACUACUACUACUACUACUACUACUACUACUACUACUACUACUACUACUACUACUACUACUACUACUACUACUACUACUACUACUACUACUACUACUACUACUACUACUACUACUACUACUACUACUACUACUACUACUACUACUACUACUACUACUACUACUACUACUACUACUACUACUACUACUACUACUACUACUACUACUACUACUACUACUACUACUACUACUAGUAAUACUGUUAUUCUGGGGUUUAAAUAA